AUGAAAAUAUCGAUAGAUAGACUGCGUGUGUCUGUGUGUGUGUGUUGUUGCGUGAGAGAAAUGUAUCAAAUUAUACUUAAAUCUCCCACAAGGGAUGCUGCAUCAGUUCAAGUUACAGGAACUUUUGAUGAUUGGAAAUUGAGCAUACCAUCCUUAGAUGGCCCCUCAAUUGCGAACGGAUUCAAAGUUAUUGUACAAGAGAAGAAAGAUAUUGAGUUUAAAUUUGUUGUUAAUGGCACUCAAUGGAUCACGUCGGACGAUUAUAAAGUUGUCACCGACGAACACGGUAACAAUAACAACAUUGUUUAUGCUGAUGAAUUUGAAUCAAUUGAGGAAAAGAAAGAACCAAGAUCAACUACAGGUACAGGCGUAGGUUUAAGCGAAAAAACAUCCUCAAAUUUAGAAACUGGAAUAACAACCGAAAACAAACCAACAAAGACAGAUUCUUCAAAAACCAUCACCACCAACCAACAGAAACAAAAACAACAAAAUGAAGAAGAAGAAGAAGAAGAAGAACAUCAACAACAACAACAAGAAGGCGGUGAAGCUUAUGCUGCUGCUUCUUUGGCGGCAGCUGCGGCUGCAGCAAAGGUUUUGCCAGAUAAGUUUACUGCUCGUCAAGAUUCAACAACCCCAACUCAAGAUGCGAAUGCUUUUGCAGAUGCUGCUAUACCCAUUAAUGAAACUGGAGAGGACGCUAAGUUGGAUUCAAAGGCAAAGGCAAAGGCAAAGUCAAAAUCAAAGUCGGCAGAGCAGACAAACAAGGAUACUUCGGACUUGGUUGAGGAAACUUCGAAGUUGAAUAUUCACGAGGAAACACCAAAGAACCAAUUUGGUAAAGUAGCAGAGACCAAUAAGAAAGAUGCCGCAUCUCCAAACUCCUCAUUUGCAGCGGUUUCUAGCCCACCACUUUCAUCUGACUAUGAGCAACUUGACCCAAAAUCUAGCGCAGAUGAAAGCAAGUCCCAGUUUACUAGCCUCGAUGCAGACGAAAUCAAGCACGAUGCUGCUAGAGAAGAGUCAACUUUGGACCCAGCGUUUAAUACUGAGUCAGUACAAAACUCGAAGGAGCCAAAAAAGGUUGCAAAGCCUGGCAAACCGGUCUUGGAAUCGCAACUAUCGGAAUCCACAUUGGAUAUUGCACAAGAAUCUACAAAAGAGCCAUCUGCUAAUCCAAAGACUCUGACAGAUACACCCCAAAAAUCUACCAUCACAGACAACACUACUUCUGCACAAAGGACCCAAGCAUCAACUUCAACAACCUCUUCAACCACAACCUCAUCACCAUCACAACAGCAAAAAAGACCGGGAGUAGAGGGAAUGCCUGGGUCGUAUGUACACAGACCUGCACAGCUUGAAAGACAAGAUAGUGGUAAACGGGAGGGUAUUUUUGCGAAGUUAAGAGGAUUCUUCAGAUAA